AUGAUACCUUCUAAUGUCCCUCAGGACCAUUUAGAGAUGUCUCCUAUUAUCUAUGGCACUUCUGCAUUUGCGCAGCUCUAUAACCCAAUCAAGGCUCAUUGGCCAGCAGAAGCAUGUAAACGAGCCAUCGAUCGAGGCAUCAACACCUUUGAUACUUCCCCCUAUUAUGGGAACUCUGAACAUGUUCUCGGCAAAUCUCUCCUCAGCAUCUCAGACACUCAUCCUCGAUCUACCUAUUAUCUAUCAACAAAAGUGGGACGAUAUGGAUUAAAGAAGACCGAAUUUGAUUACUCAAAAGAGAGGGUUAGAGCAUCGGUAGAGGAGAGUAUGAGGAGAAUGCAUACAGAUUAUCUGGACAUUGUGUUUGCACACGAUGUUGAGUUUGUCUCUGUGGACAAGGCAGUUGAAGCAGUUGAAGAGUUGUUCAGACUGAAGGCUGAAGGUAAAAUCAAGUGCGUUGGCAUCAGUGGCUAUCCACUUCCUUAUUUACUGGCAUUGAUCCCAGUGAUCCACGAACGAAUGGGACAAACACUUGACAUCUUGAUGACAUAUUGCCAUUAUAACCUACACAACACAUUGUUGAUGGACUACAUUGGUCAAUUCCGGGAAUUGGGGAUCAAAACGAUUUGGAGUGCUUCUCCGGUCUCAAUGGGCUUACUUCGUUCCAAUACACCAGCACCAGACUGGCACCCAGCACCAAAGAAGCUUCGAGCUGCUGCACAAGAUUGUAUCCAGAUCGUUGAACAGGCCUGUCCAGGUAAAGAUUUAGCAGAGGUCGCGGUUAAAUUUGGAAUGAAGAAGCAAGGACGACAACAUGGUGGAUAUGAUGGGUUAGUCCUGGGGAUGUCGAAUGCGGACGAGGUGGAGCAAAAUGUUCAGUGGUGGAAAGAAGUCCGAGAGAUGAACCAUGUAAACGGUGGCAAAAACAGCAAAGAUGAUCAGCAAAGAAUCGAGGAUGCAGUGAGGAAACGUUUACAGGAAUUUGAGAAGAUGGAAUGGGCUUCACCACCUAUUGACGACUGUUAA